UCACCUCUGAAGAUGAUGCCUUUGUGGUUUCUUUUCUUAUCUCUGAACAUAUUAACUCCAGCCCAAGCUGUGGAUUUUUCCAGACCAUCGUUUCUCUCAGUGAAACCUGGAGAAGGUGUUACUCUUCACUGCUCAUUUGGACCUGUUCAAACAUCGAAAAAUGUGUUCUGGUACAAACAGAAAUUUGGAGAAAUGCCUCAAAGAGUGGGAAAAAAAUUAGCGUACGGGAAUAUUGACAUUUCUGAAGAGUUUAAGACGUCAGGAUUUAAAAUGGAUGUGACUGAUAAGAACAUUUCUCUGACAAUUCCAAAUAUUAAAAAAGAAGAUGAAGGACUUUACUACUGCGCAGAAAGUUUCAUGGACGAUUUUAUAUUAUCCAGUGGAACGUACUUGGCUGUAACAGGUAAUGGAGAUGUAAAAGUGUCAGUGUUGCAGCACGGCAUGUGGGACUCGAUCCGGUGUGAGAGCGGCUCUUCUACACACACCUGUGUGUACAACGUCUCUAAGAAUAUUCUCAGCUUUAAUGAUACUGGCACUUACUACUGCACUAUGGCCCUGUGUGGGAAUAUCGUAUCUGGGAACGGGACACCAGUACAAUAUGAGAACGUUCCAAAACUGGGUCCUGAAGUGAUCUACCUCACUGUAGCGGUGGGCGUGUGUGUGGUCGUGAUCUUCGCUCAAGCUUUUAUAAUCUGUAAAGUGAGGAACUGUGAACAAUCUAGAGUGAGAUCUCAGAAAUGUUCUACAGUAGAAAAAACAUCCAAUCAGGGUCGUGAUGCAGAGGAGAUGAAUUACGCUGCUUUACAUUUCAAUAAGAGGAAUACCAACAAAAUGAAAAGAAAGGGCGAAAAACCUAAAGAUUGUGUUUAUUCUGAAGUGAGACAUGCUACCUAGAAUACUUUCCUAAUGUAAUCUGUUUAAUUGAUUAAUUAGUUCUGGUUGUAAUUCUAUCUAUCUAUCUAUCUAUCUAUCUAUCUAUCUAUCUAUCUAUCUAUCUAUCUAUCUAUCUAUCUAUCUAUCUAUCUAUCUAUCUAUCUAUCUAUCUAUCUAUCUAUCUAUCUAUCUAUCUAUCUAUCUAUCUAUCUAUCUAUCUAAUUCUUUCUGUGUGAAGACCAACAUAGCCACCAAACAUUCUCUUCAU